ACCAAACCGCUCCGCUGUUACGCACGGUGCUCCCGGUGUCCGUUUGGAUGUUCCACCGCUGGCAUCAUCAUCAUCAUCACCAUCAUGUGAAUCAAAGAUGAAGAUGGAGGUGUCUGUGUAUUUGUGGCUGGAGCUCUACGGCGCCCCCUGUCCGUCUCCUCCCACCUGAUCUGCACUUCCUGGUUCUCCUCCCCUCCCGGCCUUUGACCCUCUGCCAGUGCCGUUGCCAUGGAGACGACCCUGGAGCCCCUGGACCCGGCGCUGGUGAACCCCGUGGUGAGGCCAGACGCUCUGGACCCGUGUCUGGACUCUAGGGGGCGCUACAAGGUGGUCCCAUCUGUGGUCUGCUCCAUGUGCUGCCUCUUCGGGAUCAUCUACUGCUUCUUUGGUUAUCGUUGCUUUAAGGCCGUGAUGUUUCUGACUGGCCUCAUGUUCGGCUCCGUGGUCAUCUUCAUGCUGUGUUAUAAGGAGCGGGUCCUGGACACUCAGUUGAGCGUGGAGGCGGCGGUGGGCAUCGGGCUGGGCAUAGGGACCCUCUGUGGGUUGGUCACUAUGCUGGUGCGCUCUGUCGGGCUCUUCAUGGUCGGGCUGCUGCUUGGGCUGCUCGUCGCUGUCGCAACGCUGGUGGGCAUGGAGGAGCUGUCCAACGCCCCGCCCAGAUCUGUUUGGAUCCCGUUGGGUGUGCUUCUCGGUCUGGGCAUGCUCUUUGCCGUCCUGACCCUCCAGUGGCAGCGUCUCUUCACCACGCUCUCCACGGCGGCGUUCGGGGCGGCCGUGAUCACCGUGGCGACAGAUUACUUCGUCGAACUGUUUGCGUUGGUGCUGUACAUGUUUGAGCGGUUGAAGGCGUCGCCGGGGCAACCUGUGUGCUGGGUCACAUGGGUGGUUCUGGGGGUGUGGCCUGCGCUCACCGUGCUCGGGGUCCUGGUGCAGUGGAAGGUCACAGCAGAGGGAUACUCACACACUAAAGUGAUAAUCAGCCGGCAGCAGAGGAGGAUGCAGGUGAUGCGGAUCAGGCAGAGAGACGACCGUUAUCGACACAAGAAGAAGAAGAAGGCGCCGAGCGGGGGGUCGGGUCAGUCCAAGAUGGCCGCCACCGCCGAGCCCGUGUACAGGAGGAAGCCCAACCCAAUCCGUCGCUAUGACACUGACGUGCUGUCACCUAGUUACAUCCAGAGUUUCCGGGACAGGCAGGUGCAGGCCCAGCCCUUCCCUAGUCGCCUGGUGGUGGACCUGGGAUACGACUGCAGCUCCAACACCCCCCUCACUGGAGCCUCUGGACCCCAGCUCCGAGUCUAACCACAAGGACCAACAAAAACUCCCCAAAAGACUUUAAUACUGUAAAACCAGGCUGAAAGAGACUACAUUACCCACGAUGCAACACCACUGGACAUUGGGUGGAGGCACACAGAUGCAUGAUGCACUUAAAACACAAAAGUACUCACGGUUUUUGAGGAGGAGCGCAGGGGACAUCUCGGAUUGUGUAAUAUAAGCCUUUAUCUCGCGUGCCAUGUGAUCUCGCCUUGAAAGGGGCGGUGUCAGUGCCGCUCGUUUUUCUUAAAGGGGAGGUGUCGGUGCUGCUCGUUCUCUUAAAGGGGAGGUGUUGGUGCUGCUCGGUCUCAUAUGCUGUGUUCAGACCGCAUCGUCAAAAAUGCGUGGGCCUCUGGUUGGACGCCUUUGCAUUUGAGGCAGACGGCUCCCGUGCAUCGAAAGCGUCCGUUGCGGUCUCAGCGAGUGCCUUUGGUUGUUUUGUUUUCCUGGUGUCUUUAUGAACGAUGGCAGACCAGGAUCAAUGAAGGGGAUUGACUCGGUGGUGGCAGAGCAUCCAACGUCAGAUACACACUUGACGCUUGAAAACUCGCCACAGAAACGCAGGGCGGUCUAGACACACGUCCACCAUAGACUUUGCGUGUAAACUAACGCUCCUGGCGCCCCGGUUUGAACGCAGCAUUAACGAGGCGGUGUCGGUGCUCCCGUUCUCUUAAUGGGGCGGUGUCGGUGCUCCUCAUCCUCUUAAAGGGGUGGUGUCGGUGCUGCUCAUACUCUUAAAGGGGCGGUCUCGGUGCCUUGCCAGCAUCAAAACCAGCAGAAGUGGAUCGAUUUUUUUCAAACAAUGUGAAAACAAUAAAACUCACAGGGUAACAGACAGUUUAAAUACAUUUGUGGCUGAAACGGAAGACAGAAUAUUUAUACCGACAUCUCACUCUACAACUAAUAACAUUUGUACUGAUUUAAUAUAGAUUUAAAGCAGCGCUGUGUAACUUUUCUGGUUGAGGGUAUGCCACUCUACCUCUGGUUUCCACUCCCUCUGUUACGCACCAAGUCAAACCCAAACACGAUCGACCUUUUUUAUUUUUUCAAUACCGUCAGACCAAGUAUGUCCCUGAUUGGCUAAUCCACCUGUCAAUCACGCCCAACUGAACUCUGGGAGAUUCCUCUUGGACCAGACUCACAACUUCAUAAAGUUUCGAAGCGUGUGCUCGGGACGUGUGGACAUGUCGCCGCUUUGUAACACAUCCGUCCCGUAACUCGUCCCGGUAGCAUCGCCUUUCUAUCUCCAUGGCGAUAGACACUUUUAAUCCUAUACCGUGAAAUAUUCCAGAUAGAAACAAUACGAUUCCAUGGAGGUCAGCACGUGGCGUACUCUUUUCCAGAACAGUUCCACAGUACAGCUUUAAGAUUUGACCCAAUAGCUUUAAAAAGAUGAGAUGACGCGGAAUGAGAUUAUUACCGACACUUUUUAAGAAACAAGACCGAGAUAUCGAUAUAAAUAUUUUUAAAUCGCAAACUGAGGCCAAACAUCUGCGUUUCUAUCAGGUCAACGUGUCACUUUUUAAACCAGAAACAGAAAUCACAAAUGAAAUGUGAAUAUUGUCUUUUUUUUUAUUUAUAACAAACUGCAUGAGCCACCUCCUCCACGCCCCCACUCACAGGCGCCAUGCUGUGGACACUUGAGGUACUGCAGAGAUCCUACCACAAGGGCCAGAAAUAUUUGGACUUUUUAAGAUUCAGUCACGUUUUAAACCCGUCCAGGAGAAUUUAAAACAUCUGAGAGGCUGGAAUCUGAACUUUAAACUGAUAGAAGAAUCCCCUGCAUUUCAGAACAUGUUUGUAGACGUCUAGUACAGGGUUAGCAGCUUUUACAGACAAAAUUGUGAUAUAAAAACAAGUUAAUAUGGACAUUUUAACAGGUUAUCUAUGUCCAUUUAUAUAUACAGUCUAUGGGUUUGAUAAACAGAUAUCUAAAUAUUUCUGGACCUAAAAGAAAUGCAAUUUGUAUGUUAAAAAAUAUAACUUCAAAGUGCUACGAAAACCUAACCUUUCAAUUUUAAAAUGUAAAGACGUAAUGAUGAUUAUAUUUGGGUGGCGUCCUGUGUAGGCGUCCUGUGGCGUUUCCCUUUGUGUGAAACCAUAAUGUGAACUCUGUAUAAAACACUAACUUUUGUAUCUUUGACUCAUUUGUAUUUAAACAUGUUAUUCUAGAUUUGUUUGGGACCUUAGACUGUGUAAACAUAUACAGUCUAUGUCUGGGACCUUCCUCCAGUGUCUGUCUGUAUUUAUUUAAUUUAAGUUUCAUUUUUGGUGCGUUGUCUUCACUGUCGGCCGUGCUUUUCAACAUUAAAUAAAUCAAAGCAUGUGUCUCC